AACCCAGGAGGAGGCAAGAGCUGGGAACUCCAGCAAGGGUAUUGGACGGCACCUCCCAGGGCCCCCUGAACCGGCCUUAUAAAGUGCUUCCCUUCCCAACCCGAGUGGGAGCAGAUCGCCCUCUCUCUCUCACAGGGUCAAAGGAGGUGCUGAGAAGGAGAGAUGGUUCUGACCUGGAGGGAAAUUCCCACAUCUGUACAGUGGCUUGGAAAGAUCUCGGUCCCUUUGCUCAUCUCUCUCAAGGGGCAAGGAUGCCCUUGCUGCCCAGUGCCAAGACUGCGUGAUGGCCCUGCUCUACCAGCCCAGCACUGUCGCAAAGUUUCCUCCGCGCCAAGGCUCAGAGCUCACAGGGCUUCCACUUAGAUAACUUGAAACCCAAGAAAUGUGAGAGCCUGCUCCCUGGGCCUUGGCUUAAUUGAGAUUUGAUUGUGCUCACCCUGGCAGAGAGCAGAGCAUCCUGGCUCCCUUCUCCCACCUCUCUGCCCCCCUCCCCGUGCAGUUCAAGCUACAGGAAAUGCUCUUUAGCCAAAUUGUGGCCUUUCUCCGGAGGUGGCAAGCUGCAAGCCAGAUUAGCUCCUGAGUCCUCAGCUGGUCUAGGUGUCGGGAAGAUCCCGAUGCUGCUGCUUUGAGCAUCGGUGCUGUGGAUUGUGCCAAGAGAAGCCUGGGAAUAUACGGGGGACUGAAGCCUCUCACCUGGGCUUUCCCUCCAUCCCUUAUAUGGGGAGGCUGAGAGGAGGGUGGGAAACCUCUCUCGAACCCCCCAUCAACAUCCUCGCCCCCGUGAAGAUCCUGCCUGGCCACCGCCUCCUGCAAAGGUGACCACACCCUUGUACAAGCUUUCCUCUUUCAGCAAAGUGGUGUUCCGGUGUUGUUCAUUAGGCGGACCCCAAAACUGAAAAGAACAGGAAUCCAGUGGCAGUGCUUGGCGCCAAGGAAAUAUGCUGUUUCUCUGGAAGACGACAGAAGCCCCAGAUGCACUUGGCAUGCAAAGCUAAAUGAGCAGAGCAGCCAGUUCCGUUCUCUGGAAGAAAGAGGAUGCACAAUGCGGUUUUUCAGUUCCUGGGGCUUCAGGAGCUCCGAAACUCCCUUCCUCCCUGUCCUUGCUGCGCCACCGUCAGUCGUGGAAAAAACUCAGCCUCCUCCUCCUAUUGCAUCAAGGUUCCUGUGGCCUCAGUUUACAAGUCAGUGAAAUGGAAAACCUAAUUUUAAACUCUUUACCUACGGUGUGAGAGAGAUAGGGGUGACUCUCGUGGGCCUUCCUGCAACCCUCCUUCCCCCCUCCAUUGCCCUCUCUCUUUCUCCCCUGCCUUUGCUUGUUCUUUCUCUUUUCCUCCCAGCCUCUGGGUCCUCUGGCCUCUCUCCUCUCUGCCCCCUCCAGGCAGGAAGACCAGAAUCUGCCUUUUUCUGGUUAAAAAGUCCUACUUUGCAGAAGCAGAGCCUGUUUAUGAGCCUGCCCUUCCCAGCUGGGAUGAUGUUUAUUUACACUUAGGAACAUGAGGAAAGAGGCUUAGCUGUGAGUUUCUGGGGCCAGGGAAAAUUACAGCGAUAUAUAAAAGGGUUUGCCCUCACCAAGGUGCUGAGCUGGCACUGGGCUCAGGAGGCUGCGGGGCUUGAGGAGGGCAGUGUCAGAAAGGAGGAGGUCCGACACUCCUUCUGACUUCAGGGACUAACUCCCUCGAUGUUCGCAAGCCAAGAAACAGGGAGAGAAGCAAAGAGGGAAAGAGAGGCAGAGUGAGACACAGAGACAGACAGACCAAAAAUCCAAAGGGUGAAGGAAAGGAAAAAGUGAGAUGGUUCUUAAAUAUUUUUAACAACCAGUAAGAUUUGAAGAGAGCAGAAAGGGUUUAAGAGGGAUUUGUCCUUAUUUACUACUAAAUAAAAAAAACCCAUUGCGGUUAACAGGCAAUCCAGGAAGUUUCCAUAAGACCCAGAUCCCCAGGGCCUUUGUUCCUGUCCUACAGGACAACUUAUAGGUAUAAGGCAUUUUCUAGGGUGCAGGGUGGCUGAGAAGCACAGUAUACCAGACACAGAAGCUUGUCCUAGCAUCGCAGGUCAUGAAUUGACCUGUCUGAGGUGCUUCAUGUCCCCUUGUCCCCCGCAUAUCCCUGUCCUACUGUUGUCCCCAAGCUGGAGAUGAGGUCAUGGUGCAGGGGCAGUUGGGUCAGGAUCAAACAGCCCCCAGUUGGAACCCUGGGUCAGCAGCUUAUGAACUGUGUGUCUGAACCAAAUCACCUAAUCUCUCAGAGACUUGGUUUUCCCAUCUGGAAAAUGGGGAUGUGAAUAUCUCACAAAGUUGUUAUCAGAAUUGUUAACAGCAUUAAUGUACUAUUAGCAAGGAAACAGGUCUUGGUUUCCGUCGGCGACCACUGUGCACUCAGCACUGCGCUGAGUCCGGGCUUUACAUUCAUGAUCCCAGUCGGUCUGCACAUCAUCCACCAGGUGAGGAUUACAAAACACCCUCACUCGUUACAUGACAUGCAGAAAGGCAAAGCCAAAAGCCCCUGUGGACAGGGUGCCUCCAAAACCCCUCCCCGUUAGCAGCCAACACGUCAUCAGUGACCAAGAAAUGUGAGCUUCCUCUCCUCGCCCUGCCUGUCACCUUUCUGGUUUUCUCUUUGGACAGGCCCAUUGCCUGCAACCAGAGCCCAGCCCUGCACAGCUUCAGGGCCCCGGAGAAGCAGCUCGGCCCUGGAGGGGGUGGGGAGGCCCCAGGUCUGAGUCUAGUGGCCGGAAGCUGGCUAAGUCACCUUGAGCAAAGCCAUUUCAUCUCUCUGCAGCCUCGGAGUCCUCAUCUCUAAAAUGGAGAUGGAGGCGAUGGGAUGGGUUUAAAGGACCCAGGGUAGGGAGGUGGUCCAGCAAGAAACCACAGCUCACCAGACAGGCACAUUCCCCUUCCUCUGUCUCAGCCCAUCCAGGAGCCUGGCUUUGACCCCUGGACCCUAGGGGCCCAAGGGAGAAGUCCAGCCCAGGCCUGGCUCCGGCGGCACCCAAACUUUGGCGGGGGAAGAAGAGGGACCGCACACCUGGAAUAUACUCAAAUCUGGGGUUUAGAGCCCCAAUCUGUUGGAAAAGCAGUGAAAUUUCAGGACAGAUGAACAGGCUAAGGGUCAGAUGCACGGGGCUUCAAGUCUCUGUUCUGACCCUCAGUAGCUAUGUGACCUUGGGCAAGUCAUCACCCCUCUGAGCCUUAGAUUCCUCGUCUGUAACAUGGGAAUAAACCAGUGGUACCUCCAAGGGUGGCUAUAAAAAGGCUUGGGACCACCCGGCCCAGCCUCCGGCACACAGCAAAUGCUCCCCCGCACCGCCGCUACUGCUCCUGUGCAUCUGCAGAGAGCCCAGGGGGGCUGUGCGCCCUGGCUUCCUGCCCCCACCUGACAUGGGGCCUCGCCCUGCCACCGCUGCCCACAACCAAGUGCAAGGGCUGCUUACAAGGUGCACGAAACGGCGUCUGAAAAAUGAAGGCUCUGUGCUGCUCGUGGAUUUUCUAUUUAAAUUUCCUGAUUCCCUAAUUAUAAUCUCAGCAAGAAAGAAGACCGCGGACCAGCGGGGGUUGUCGAGGAGAAAUUACUUGGCAAUUUUCUUUCGUCCAAUGGAAGCAAAGGGAGGUGGAAGAGCACGAUGAAGGGCGGAGCUCAGAAUCCCUACCCUGUCCCUUUAUCUGGGCUUAAUGUGCUCUGCCCAUUGGAGGCGACUCAGCACUUCCCUUGGAGGGUAGGCCAUGGGAAUGGUGCUUGGGGGGUGGCGGGGGGAAUUACCCAUAGACUUAUAUCUCUUUGGCAUUCCUCUCUUUCUUGAAAAGUCAAAGCAGGCCGGCUCAUCCCUUCCCUCCUGAGUACAUACUCAUUUCAUAGAUCUUUUUUUUCUUUUUGAAUUUCCAAAAGUAGAAAGAACACUUGCUCAGAAAUACCCAAGGAGCUUGUCGAAAAAUCAGACCCCAGAGUCUACAACGAUCAGCCUCUGCCGGCCGGGGGUGGGCACUGGCUUCUACGCUUGACCCGCACGCCGUAACUGAUCCUCGAAUUCUUGGGCAACUCAAGUCAUCAGCUCUCGGGUUUCUAAGGUCGUAGGCUUUACAAGUGUCAGAUGCAGAAAAGGAUGGCAGGAGACUUGCUGUGUCCUCCGCACAAAACGACCCCAAACAGUACAUUGUCAUUUGCAGAAUAGCAGAUCCAGGACUCUAAGCAAGCUAUUUGUAAGCAUAAGAGCAAAGCUGUGGAGUCGGAUUCAUGGGGCUUAAAAACCUGCUUCCACCGCCACCUCCCAACAGAACAGCUUUGGCCACAUGGAGCACCUCUCCGGGCCCCAGUCUCCGUGACAGUAAAAGUAAGAUAAUAACAUACCCGUCCUCCUGGAGGAUAGCAUGACAUUGUGUGCUCACACAAGCCCAUGUCUGCACACGAACGCACACAAAUGCAUCCCCAGUACCUCGCAGGGUGCCCGGCACAUAGGAACUGCUAGGAGCUGCUGUUUAUUGCUGGAGGCUUACUACCAACCGGACACAUACUCAUUCAAUCCUCAUUACCACCUCUCUGGUUUACUUCCCAGAGUAUUGUACUGUAAUCAAAUUGAAUUCUCCUCUGGCACUUGUGAGGAAUACUUUCUUCAUCAAGGAAAGCACGAAUCGCACCCCUACCCCGAUGAGAACGCAGACUUUUGGCUGACUUUGAGUCCGGGCACUUGGAGCUGGAGGCGGUCGGAGGCAUCGACCUUCCCAGUCACGGAGGCAGGAUGCCCCUGCUGCUGGUGCUGGGGCGGGGAGGGCGGGGGGCGCACAGGCCGGCUCCCCCGGAGCUCCCACUCAGCCCCACUUCUGCUGCCUGCAAACUUCCCACUGAGUGCCGAGCAGCGGCUUUCGGCUCUGCGGGGAGUUCUCCCACAUCCCGAUCAGGGCAGGGAGAAUUGAUCUAUCAGAUUAACCAGGAAGGAAAGAGCGGGAGAGCGAGCCCCAGGCUGCUGAGCGGAGUGUUUUUGCGUAGCAGUCCCUCCCUUCUGACUCGAGUAUUAAUUGCUACAUUACCACUGCCAUGUAAGAAAGACAGUCAGCAAAGCCUGGGAGAACGCCAGCUCCUCCCUCCCUGCUCUGCUCAGCCUCACUCCUCCUCGGGUCCCUCGGAGCGCCCUGUGCCCUGGCAGGACGUCCCCGUCCCAGCCCUGGUGUCCUGAGGUCCUCCCGUGGUGAGGACUUGAGUGGACAGCAGGAGGGGUGGAGGGAGGGAGGGAGGGAGGAAGGGAGCAAACAUCGUGCCCUGCAGGCUUUCUGGAUGCAGAAGCCGGACUCACUGCAGAGGCAGCUGUGCUGUUCCUGGAGCUUCUGGGGUACAUCCGCCUCUCGGGGUUUGCCUAGGCGGGCUCCAAGUGCCAGGGCCACGCAAGGUGGGUGCUUUCCCUUCUGGGCGCUGACAGCAGAGCCUACCUUCCCUCUACCACCAUGAGCGGCUGCUCCAAAAGAUGCAAGCUUGGGUUCGUGAAAUUUGCCCAGACCGUCUUUAAGCUCAUCACUGGGACCCUCAGCAAAGAUAAGAUUGAAGAUGAGUUGGAGAUGACCAUGGUUUGCCAUCGGCCUGAGGGACUGGAGCAGCUUGAGGCCCAGACCAACUUCACCAAGAGGGAGCUGCAAGUCCUUUAUCGAGGCUUCAAAAAUGAGUGCCCCAGUGGUGUGGUCAAUGAAGAAACAUUCAAACAGAUCUACGCUCAGUUUUUCCCUCAUGGAGAUGCCAGCAUGUAUGCCCAUUACCUCUUCCACGCCUUCGACACCACCCAGACAGGCUCUGUGAAGUUCGAGGACUUUGUAACUGCUCUGUCGAUUUUACUGAGAGGAACCGUCCAUGAGAAGCUAAGGUGGACAUUUAAUUUGUAUGACAUCAAUAAAGAUGGAUACAUAAACAAGGAGGAGAUGAUGGACAUUGUCAAAGCCAUCUAUGACAUGAUGGGGAAAUACACAUAUCCCGUGCUCAAGGAAGACACUCCAAGGCAGCAUGUGGACGUCUUCUUCCAGAAAAUGGACAAAAAUAAAGAUGGCAUCGUGACUUUAGACGAAUUCCUUGAAUCCUGUCAGGAGGACGACAACAUCAUGAGGUCUCUCCAGCUUUUCCAAAAUGUCAUGUAACUGUGGACAUAGCCAUCCGGCUCUCAGAGACGUUGUACUGAACAAUAAGCUCUUAACACCUGGAUGUGCCCUUGUUCUGAUUUUGCACACCGACUCUGGGGCAGAAACACCUUUUACACUUUGGAAGAAUUCUCCGCUGGAGACUUUCUUUGGAACCCAGCAUCACAUGGCUUAGUCUCUGAUUGCCAACUCUUCCUUCUCCGUCUUCUUGCGAGAGAGAAGAUGAAAUUGGGUUUGUUUUGGAAGCAUGCUCAUCUCUUCACGCUGCUGCCCUGUGGAAGGUCCCUCUGCUUGAGCUUAAACAGUAGUGCACACUUUUCUGCUUGCGUGUCCCAGCCCACUGCCUCCAAGUCCAGCAGACCUUGGCGUAUCCGGAAGCAAGAUGACCUGAGCCAAAUGCACACCAUCCUCUGAUGGCCUCCCAAACCAAUGUGCCUGUUUCCCUUCUUUUGGUGGGAAAAAUGAGCAUUAUACAGAACAAUAUGCAUCCGUAUAUGACUAGAUUGGGAGAGCCAGAACCUAACAUACGUAGGAUAGAACUGAAUUCUUAAGCAUGGCAUUGUCUGGUGACCCAAACUGCCCACAUCCUUUGUCUCCAGAAGCAAGAACCAAUAAUUCUUUCUCACACUGGCAUCUGUGCUGGUAGAGCGAGUCCCUUGAUGUGCCCAGGAAGAGAGCCAAUGCCCAGUGGUCCAUGCCCUCACUCCGUCUCCUGCUAGAGCCCAGCACUGCAUGCCCCUCCCAGAAAGCCCAGAAUGCCUGCAAAUUGUAAUUUUAUACCAUGUUCUAAUCAAUAAACAGAACUA